UGGCUACCGUAUAUCUAGACGUCUUCAGGGUCCAGUCAAGUGUUAUUAGACACUUUGAGGAGGUUUGCCGUCAGCAAUAAUAGGCGGCCGUCACAAUCUCUGGCUAUAUAUUCAACACACUCGCUAGCUUAACUUCGACGGCAUGGCAUUUCGUCCCCAAGGAGGUGGACCUCCUGGAUUUCCAAUGCCCUUCCAACCGUCUCAGUCCCGCUCACCUCCACAGCCUUCAUCGUCUGGCGCACGGGGGAUGGCGUCGGAGAUAAAUCCAUCAGGGCCUUUUCUUCCAUUUCAGGAAUCCCAAUUCGACAUCCUCGAGUGGUACCCGCAAUUUCAGUCGUGUGUGCGGUACUUCUUAGAUCACGCGCAGCAUAGCGGGCCAGUGCAGGCCGUUGCCGCAUUUGUGAAUAUUCGACUGCCGUUCCAAUCGCCUGGAAAUCCAGUCAUCUCGUCAAAGCCGCCUGGAUCACCUUCAGCUGUACCAUCUUCUCCGUCAAUUGCAGCGGGGAAGCUUCCAAUGUCCAGCCAUCCACCUGUGUCCAUUUCGCUGACCCCGUACAUUCGACGCUUGGUAGCAACUGGUUUGGACCUUCCGGGCGUGCUUCAUGGAUUUUUCGGAGAUGACUGGGUUGCAGGCAUAGGCCAUCUUCACGAAGUCGAGCGAAGAAACUUUCUUUUUGCAGCCAAGAGUGCUGGCUGGCUCAAGGUCAAGUCCCAAUACGAUAUGAUGGAUGACCAGAGCAUCCCUUUCUUACGACCACUGCAGAAUGUCACAGAGGAGGAGAUUGUCAACGCAGAAGCAAAUUGGAGUGAGUGGUUGGCAAUGCAGGACUGGAUGGUCGGUCCACGCUCACCAGAUGUCGAUAGAGACAUGGCAGUCCUCAUAAAGAGCGAAAGCCUAUAAACGAUACAUGCGGCAUCGUCAUUGCAAAUUUACUGCAUUACAUGCCUUAGGGAAAGGGGAUGCAUAUUUGGGGCGUACGAGGCCUGGGUACUAGAACGGAUCUUUUUUCUCUCUCCUUAAACCGGCAAGAUGCGGUUCAUCAUGAAAGUGGCCAGGCUUAACGAUUUUGAGCUCGCCUCACUUCACCUCACCAAAGGGGUUCAACUAGAUAUCUUGAAUUCACAGUACUUAUUCGAAGGGUUGG